UUCAGAAUGGCUGAUCGCGGAGAAGUUGCGAAAAGCUUGUCCGAAGUAAAUAAAAGCAAAGGCAAUGAAAAUAGCAAGAAAACUCGUGCAAAACGACCCAUCUGUGACCGAUGCAAGUAGGUCUUCGACACGAAUCGCAUUUCAAGCUGAAUUUAUACUAUGAGGCCACUAUUUGUUGCAUAUUUUAUACAGUUUGAUUCUCGUGUCCCGACCCCCGCCCUUCCCUUAGGGCCAUUCCAUUUAAUGUCCCCCCCCCCCCACGGAUGAGCUUUCCUGAAGGAUGACUCAAAAAGUCGUUUCUGAGGGGUUAAGCCUGUCGGCAUCCUUUGAUCUCUGCGAUUUUUCUGAGGGGUAAGGGGAAAAUUUACAAAUUUCUGAGGGGUGUUUUGUGUCGGCACUUUGAUCUUUUUUUCGUAGGGGUUAAAAUUUUACUGACCCAUCCGUAGGGGGGGGGGGGAUUUUAAAUGGAAUGGCCCUUAUUGAGGCCAAUCACAUUUUACAAUUUUUUCUGCGGAAAAUUUUGGCAAUGGGCCUUAAAUAUAUCCUAUGUGUUAACUUCCAGAAAUUGCAUCCAAAGGGGUCCAAAAUGUUUCUAUCCUAAGGGCUAUAAAGGGGAUUAUGAAUGGACCCCUCAUUCCCUCAACAGGGGAAGGGGGUGGCUAUAUUAAAUGGAAUGGCUAUAUUAAAUGGAAUGGCCCAUUGCUUUACAUUUUAAUAUUGUACCGGAUUCUCAGGUAGAAGAGAGAUUCUUGCAAUUGUCUCAAAAUUAUUGUUUAAAAACAGUCAAAUGCUUAAUGGACAUAAUCGUGAUUUAUUUUAUACAUGUAUUUUUUUAAGGCGGCCUGCAAAAGUGUGCCUUUGCGAAGCUUUUCCUGACAAGCCAUUAGAAAUCUCGACAACAGUUUACGUCUUGCAACAUCCGGAAGAAGUAUGCUAAUUACUUAAAUUGAAUGCUGCAGAUCAGUUUGACAUUGAGGCUACAUUUAUACUGGAUAGCUUUUCAUAGUGGUGCGAAAAAGCACCUAUCCGAUACGCAAUGUACAACUUUCAGAAGCUGAGCAAAACAACAUCUCCUUGUUGCAAAAUUCUUCUGAAAAUAGUGUUCCUGAAAGAUACAGAUCUAGGUGUUUUUCAUGCUAUGGAAAGCUAUUUGAUACAGUGUAAAUUUAGUCCUUCAUGCAUUAGUUGAUACGUGAAUAUUUCAUUUAGCGUCGUCGGACCCUAACAACGGUGCCAUUAUUGGCUGCUUGCCUACCCGAGGACAAAUGCAUUGUAUAUAAUGAUGUUCGAUAUUCUCAAGAGAAAUACCAGGCUCUUCACAAACUUUUGAAAAGUCCACAAACAUUGGUACUUUAUCCGGAUGCAAAUGGUUAGUUGUUAAUCACUUGACUGGUUUAAAAUUAAGGCACUCGCCUAAUUGUCUAUGCUAUCGCUGGGUUCGAAUCUGGAAGUGGGAUUAUUUUCAAGUGUAUAUGUAGGACUGGUGUUCUUCCUGCAAACAUGUGGCCAGAAGGGUUACCAUAAGAACUGGUUAGGGUCGGGUGGGGGUAGGGUGUGAGAAAGGGUCAGGAUAAACUAUGAGAGAUCUACGUUAUUGCUGUGUAUAAUUGUACUUUUGUAUGGUGUAAGAAUAUUGUAAACUGCUGUUCUUAAUAUGAAUAUAUAUCAUGUUUAAUAUUGUAGCAACAGAUUUGAGAGAAGUAGUGAAAGAAUCGAGCUCCUCUCAGAAGUACAACCUUGUGGUACCAGACGGUACAUGGCGUCAAGCUAGAUUGAUAUUUAAACGAAAUGAUGCAUUGCAACAAGCGAGAAAGGUAGAAGAUUGACAGAGAAAGUUACGGACUGGCUGAAAAACUAACUAACUGACCGACUGACUGACAUACUCAUAAUUGUCGUUGAUCUAGGUGCAAUUAAAUGAAAACAUGAGGAGUAAUUACGUCAUUCGGACACAACCAACCAAAAACAGUUUAUCAACAUUGGAAGCCAUUGCUGUGGCUUUGUCCAUCCUUGAGGGGAGAGAUGAAAUCACUGAGGUAUAGUUUCCACCUGUUGUAACACUGGAUUGCUAAGAGAUGCUUCUUGCUUAACCUUUAUAUCAGGGGACUGAUAGAGCUAUCCAGUAUAAAUAAAGUUAGUUUAGUUUAGGUUUCCUCCUGUAGUAACACUGGAUCAAUAAGAGAUGAUCCUUACUGGACCUAUAGGCAGAACAGUAUUAGAACUGAUAGAGUUAUCCAGUAUAAAUAAAGUUAGUUUAGUUUAGGUUUCCUCCUGUAGUAACACUGGAUCAAUAAGAGAUGAUCCUUACUGGACCUCUAGGAAGAACAGUUUAGAACUGACAGAGCUAUCCAGUAUAAAUAAAGUUAGUUUAGUUUAGGUUUCCUCCUGUAGUAACACUGGAUCAAUAAGAGAUGAUCCUUACUGGACCUCUAGGAAGAACAGUAUUAGAACUGAUAGAGUUAUCCAGUAUAAAUAAAGUUAGUUUAGUUUAGGUUUCCUCCUGAAGUAACACUGUCUGGAUCAAUAAGAGAUGAUCCUUACUGGACCUCUAGGAAGAACAGUUUAGAACUGAUAGAGCUAUCCAGUAUAAAUAAAGUUAGUUUAGUUUAGGUUUCCUCCUGUAGUAACACUCAGAUCAAUAAGAGAUGAUCCUUACUGGACCUAUAGGCAGAACAGUAUUAGAACUGAUAGAGUUAUCCAGUAUAAAUAAAGUUAGUUUAGUUUAGGUUUCCUCCUGUAGUAACACUGGAUCAAUAAGAGAUGAUCCUUACUGGACCUCUAGGGAGAACAGUUUAGAACUGAUAGAGCUAUCCA